CAUUCAUUCACAGUGGCAUUUCCAUGAUCUAUAAAAAGCUUGUGCACAAUGGGCUAAUUUCUUCUUCAAAUAUUAUUGCAGGAAUCUUUGCACGAGACAGGAAAGUACGCGGAAGUAUCAACAACACGUGUGUGUGUCCCUCCCUGUCAGUCAAAGCUAAUAAACUUGUCAGUUUGCAAGUCAUGAAGCUUAUAUACGUCGGCUCUUGAAAGAAAAGUUUGUCGCUGAUAUGGACGGACUCACACCUGGAGAAACCGUGGACAUGAACUCGGCGGAUGUAGUGUGUCGUCGUGCUUGGAAUGCAGUGGAUCCUCGAGACAGGACAGCGAUGAAGAGUCCCGCACAGAAUGUGAUCGUUCACCACACGGCUCUCCUGUUCUGCUCGCGUCCGCGCGACAGCGUCUCCCAGCUCGCGCACAUCCAGCGCAUGCACAUGCAGGAGAGGGGCUUCGACGACAUCGGUUAUAACUUUCUGAUCUCUGGAGAUGGGGUGGUGUAUGAAGGGCGGGGAUGGGGGAUUGUAGGGGCCCAUGCAAAGGAACACAACUUAAAUUCUGUUGGCAUCGCCUUCAUGGGUAACUUCAAUGAUGAAUUGCCCAGUUCUGCAUCACUGUCCGCUCUGCUGAGACUGCUGCACUUUGGAGUGCUUCACGGUCAUGUGCACCCCAAUUUUGUGCUUGUGGGACAUAGAGACGUGGCAAAGACUGAGUGUCCGGGCGAACAUUUAUACGCUCUGCUACCAAAACUAAGAGACCAAUUAAGAAACCAAAUGAUGACUGCACAAGUUGCAUUAAUCCCCUGUGAAAGUCUCAGAAUCAGUUCGGAACCUGGACAUAAAUAAGAGUCGUCAAACAUGAUCCUGAAAAGAAAAUAGACUAUGAAACUUGAAAAUUCUGUUUAUCCAGUAAGAUCCAUGUUCCAGAUCAAUAAUUAUUUUUUUUCUUGACUAGACUAUAGGCUAUAUUAUGAUAUGUUUUCAUUUCUCUGCACACACACACACAAAUACUUAAAAUAGACUGUACAGUGACGUGUAAUAAUUUAGAACUCUGGCUAUAAACAAUGUAUAUGCAAAUACAUUUGUAAAGGCUAAAAGAGAUGUACUUGUGAGCUCAUUGAUAAGGAUUUUUUUUAUGUUUGCCAAAAAGCAGAAGCGAACUUUUAAUGUCUUUUAAACUUUUAUAGAUUUUAUUACUGUUUGCCAUACUUGUCUAAUUUAUAUGCACUUUAGGUAAUGAUUAGACAAAUAUGUGAUUAUUUUACUUUAUCUGUUGUUUAGUACUUGUAUUAUCUACUGUAACCUGGUCGCAUUAUAUAAUAAUUGUCUUAAACAAUCAUUUGAUACAAUGCACUUAUUGUUUACAUACAUGUUACUGUACUUUACUUAUACUUAAAAUACCUGCAUGUAAUUAUUAUUUGUAUAAGUAGCUAAUUAAACUGAACAAUGAAUUGUC